UAAUAUUUGAUUUAAACUGUGAUACUUAGCCAGGAUGUCCAUUAGAAUUGCCUAUGCAGGAUUUAUUUUAGAGCCAGGCAAGCUGAUUCUAAAGUGCACGUGAAGAAGUAGUCUAGCAAAAAUGGCCAUGACAAUUCUGAAAGAAAAACCACACGAGGGGAUCAUGAAACAGCCCAAUUAGCAUUAAGCUCCAUGUUAAAAUUGUGGUAAUGAUGCCUAGCCCAUGAGACAUGCCAAUGGGCUGAAUAUAAGGACUAGAAUAGGCCUACAUUCCUAGGGGAACUUCAUUUCUGCUCAGGAGAGAAUUUUAAAUCACUGAGAAAAAGAGGAUGUAUUUUCCGCAAAUGGAACGUAUCUUUCAGAAGUUAAACAUCUGAAUGACAGCAACAGAACUUGGAUCCGUGUCUCCCAACGGCCAAGGCAGGAUGACGCAAAACACGGUGAUUGUGAAUGAAGUUGCUAUGGCCUCUAGGCCAUCCCAGCCCACCCACGUCAACGUCCACAUCCACCAGGAGUCAGCUUUGACACAACUGCUGAAAGCUGGAGGUUCUCUGAAGAAGUUUCUUUUUCACCCUGGGGACACUGUGCCUUCCACAGCCAGGAUUGGUUAUGAGCAGCUGGCUCUAGGGGUGACUCAGAUAUUGCUGGGGGUUGUGAGUUGUGUUCUUGGAGUGUGUCUCAGCUUGGGGCCCUGGACUGUGCUGCGUGCCUCAGGCUGUGCCUUCUGGGCGGGGUCUGUGGUGAUCGCAGCAGGAGCUGGGGCCAUUGUCCAUGAGAAGCACCCGGGCAAACUUGCUGGCUAUAUAUCCAGCCUGCUCACCCUGGCAGGCUUUGCUACAGCUAUGGCUGCUGUUGUCCUCUGCAUGAAUAGCUUCAUCUGGCAAACUGAACCCUUUUUAUACAUCGACACUGUGUGUGAUCGCUCAGACCCUGUCUUCCCUACCACUGGGUACAGAUGGAUGCGGCGAAGUCAAGAGAACCAAUGGCAGAAGGAGGAGUGUAGAGCUUACAUGCAGAUGCUGAGGAAGUUGUUCACAGCAAUCCGUGCCCUGUUCCUGGCUGUCUGUGUCUUGAAGGUCAUUGUGUCCUUGGCUUCCUUGGGAGUAGGUCUUCGAAACUUGUGUGGCCAGAGCUCCCAGCCCCUGAAUGAGGAAGGAUCAGAGAAGAGGCUACUGGGGGAGAAUUCAGUGCCCCCUUCGCCCUCUAGGGAGCAGACCUCCACUGCCAUUGUCCUGUGAGCCGCCAAAGACCCCAUGGGGUGCCCGCAUGUCCCUGUCUAGGGCAGCCCAGGGCCCCCACUCCUGGCUCCUCACACUUGCCUCCCCUAUGGCCGCUCUCCAGACCCUCCUCCUUUCUUCUCCCCACAUCCGCACCUGCUGUUCCCACUCCGGGGUUCUCAAGUCCAUGAACAGAUAUUGCUGCAUUUUCCACAAUGCUGAUUAAACAUAAUAAACAAUCCAGAAAAGCAGUUUUGCCCAGAAA